UCUGAUUAUUGUUAAUCAUCAAAGUAACAAUUUAAUUAGAAGAGAAUCAGUUAAUAGUACUGAGUUAAUUUCUAUUUUUUCAGUUGAAACAUUGAAACAAAACAAUAAACAUGAUUAACAAAUUGAUUGUUGCCACUCUCUUAAUUCUAGGAUUCACUUUGACUCAAUGUAAAGUGGAUGAAAUUGAUUUUAUCAAUGAGAUGACAAGAGAAUACAGUCCAUCCUUGGUCGCUGAGAUGCUUGUUGAGCGAAUUCAACUUCGAUCUUCCGAAAUCAAAAGAAUCAAUUCUUCCAGCGAAAUAAGUGAUCAACAUCAUACUCUUUGCUCGGUUAUACUUUCGACAUUCGAUGUUCUUCUAGAAGAUAUCAAACGAUGGGAGAAAUGUCCAGUUCUUUGUGGUAACUCUGAGUUUUCCAGGAAAUCGAAAUAUUUUACUGGUCGAUAUAAACUGUUGAUUGAUAUUUUCAAUCGAGAGUCUAAAUCAUUGUACGUUCCUUUGAUUGGACGUGCAAAGUACUUUCUCUCUUAUUAAAUGAUUAUUCAUAUUCGAUUAUUAUAUUGACAGAUUAAUAAAAAUAAAAUGGAUUUUAAAGCAACAAAAAA